AAACACGUCUUCCUCCACUUACGCGCUACCGCAGCGCAUAUUCCUUCCCCGCGAUUUUCACUUUACCAAAGCUCCAAAGUUGAGAGUCCCUUCUUCUGUCAGUUUAUUCGCGUCGCUUGCGACUCAAUGUGUUGAGUACCUGUAACUAUAUCGCAGAUCGAGAUGCCGCCGCUGCUACGAGAAGAGCAGACAACUUCGCCCCUGUCGGCUAUCUCGUCACCAACCUCCUUCGUGACAGCCACGGCAUCACCUUCUAAUCUAGCAGAUGCAACUACCGCGACGGACGUCGAUAGUCCCGGUGACGCCGAGGCUGAAUCGCCGUAUCUCAAGGCACGACAACUACCCCCGGAACUGAGACAACACUGUCAGAUUUACCUCGAGGAGAAUUUGCACAAGAUUACCCUGAGUCUGCUCAAGAGCCAGUUAUGCGUCGGCGGUGCGGUCACCAACUCCAAUCGCGGCGCAUACUGCCCGCCCCCAAAUCAACUCGCGGUGCUCAACACCAUCGUCAUACAUCCGGACUUCACAACACGGGCACAAGACCCGUGCUGGAAUGAGGUGGCUUCCGAUUCACUCGUAUACCUACGCAACCUGCUCCAGACUGUUGGCCCCAUCAAUGGCCGAUUCAAGGAUGCAUUCCACUUCGUCUCCCGAUGGUCGCGUCAUGAAACACCAAGCUCUGACAGUGGCCGCGAACUUAUCGAGGAUACCCAGGGGGAAACACAGCUCAACGGGAAAUAUGCCAAGGAAAGUGUAUGGCGCCGCGGACAAGAAUUCUUCAACGUGGUUGGAUGGGCCUUUAACUGCAGCGUCCUGUAUCCAAAUCGCUGGGCCUACUGGAAGCAGUGGCUUGAGUUCAUGUGCGACGUGUUGGAGACAGAUUUACAUGAGCGGCAUCGACUUGACGUUGAGGCACACCGAAGAGACGGCGUAUUUGAGGGGAAAUGCAAAUUUCUGCAACUGGAAGAUUCUAUUCUCAAUAGUUAUAUGAUGCAGCGCACAGGCAGGUCUGGCAGGCUUAAGUGGUUCAUCAAGGCAAUAUUCGCAGACGGUGGCCAGUCCUCCAACUCGUUAUUCCAGGAAGUAUGGCACAAGGAGCACAAGGGCAAAUCAAGAAACACAGCAAUGAACAAGCGGAAAAGGGAAAAGGUCAACAUUGAGAAGGGCCAGUACGGGGCCUGGCUGGACGAUGACUCCAUCUACUCCUCUCAAGCAUCGGAACCCCCCACUCCGCAGAAAAAAGGGUCUGGGUCGCUGAAAUACGACAUGCAAACACUAUCGCCGCCGUUCGUCGAGUCUAUUGCCCUACGUCAACGACUAUUUGCUUUGAUAUCCUAUCUCUGUAACUACUUACCCAGACCACCAGUUGCUCUCCCGGAUCUGUACGAGCACUACGCGGUAGCACUUAAAGCACAACCUCUUCCGAUUUUCACAGCAUUCAUCUCCUCGACUGCAUGUACCUCAUCACUCCUUGCAUCCAGCCAGGUCUCUAUACUGCAAAAUUUGUUGGAGGACUUUAUGCCGACAACUGCCGUCCCUCCGUUCAAAGUUGACGCUGAACGUUACGAUCUUAAUGGGACCAGCCCGGCUAUCCUCGAGCGCUGCUUCCUGCCCAACGCUGCUAGUACCAUUGCGCCGGAUGAUAAUGCGAAAGUGAGCCUGCUGCUAGAAGAACUGUUACAGCUCAUAUGGAUGAUCGGAGCCGAGAAAUUUAGCGACGGGUUGAGAAGUAUUGUUCGGAAGGGUGUCGACGCCCGGGAGGCAAAGGCAAGACGGAAGUACGCAACGGGAUCAGGAAGAUCAGGAAGAGGCCGCGGGGGGAACGGGGAUGACGCGGACGUGGAGGCCAGAUCCGUGCUAAGUUGGAGUGGGAAGCGGCUGAGAUUGUUGUCUGAUUUGAUAACAUUCCAGACGAGCAACCUGAGCGAGGACGCGGAUAGUGAAAUGAUGGAUCAAGACGAAGAAGAGGUAACGUUCAUGUCCGCUCGGAGUUCGUAGGGAGAACACGGAAGUAAAGAACAAGCGAGAGAGAAAUGGCCUGGAAUCCACCAAGGCCCGGCAAAACUUGGCCCUUCUUUGCCACUGGCUAAGGACCCUAUUACAGUUGCUAUUCCUCUUGCU